ACUUUACUGAGGGUGUCGUGAUGGCCUGGGAAUUGUUCAUCAUUGUCGACUGCCGAGGAGCAGUACGCCUAGAGAGGAUAUAAGUCAAACGGAGAGCCCCUGAGAUAGAGAACAGUCAAUAUUCAUAUCCAUAGCUUCAACCACAUCAAUCCCAGAGCAUCCUAUCACAACCAACUAAGCCUGGAUAAAUCCAAAAAAAAUCACCACAAAACACCAAAGACAAAAUGACAAAGGGCCUCGUCCUCCUCACUGGUCUGAACGGCUACAUCGCCGCCCAGACCGCCGCCGCCCUCCUGGCUGCGGGCUACUCGGUCCGCGGCUCGGUUCGCAAGUCCGCAAGCGCAGCCCAGGUCGUCGCCGCCCUGUCAAAAUACGGAGACCGCCUCGAAGUCAUCGAGGUACCCGACAUCACCGCGCCCGGGGCGUUUGAUGAAGCCGUCAAGGGCGUCUCUGCCGUCGCCCACCUCGCGACCCCCGUCUCCCUCAGCUUCGACGACCCGGAGCCCGUGCUCAGGACGGCCGUAGAGGGCACGACGCGCGUGCUCGAGAGCUCGGCCGGGGAGCCGUCCAUCAGGAGCUUCGUCGUCAUGUCGUCCAUCGCCGCCAUCUUCGGGCCCAAGCCCGACGGCCACGUCUUCACCGAGGCCGACUGGAACGCGACCUCGGAGGCCCUCGUCGCGUCGCAGGGCAAGGGCGCGCCCGGCCUGCACAUCUACGCCGCCAGCAAGGUCGCGGCCGAGCGGGCGUUUUGGAAGUUUAGGGACGAGAAGAAGCCCGGCUUCACCAUGACGGCCAUAAACCCCGUCUUCGUCGCGGGCCCCCCACUCGUCACGCCCACCACCCCCGAGCAGAUCAGCGGGACGGUGUCGUGGGUGUACCAUCUCCUGGCCGGGCGCAAGAUGUCGACCGUGUUUCCCGGCGGCGGCUUCGCCGACGUGCGCGACGUGGCACGCAUGGUGGUGUUCGGCAUCGACCAGGCCGAAAAGGCCGACGGCGAGCGCUACCUCGUUUCGGGCUCGUUCGGCACGCCCCAGGCCGCCGUCGACGUGCUGCGCAGGGCCUACCCGGAUAGGCGGGACGUCAUCGAGGUCGGCACGCCUGGCGAGGGGUAUAAUGCCGACUACUCGUACCCGUCCUCGUCCAUCUACAAUUCGAGCAAGGCCGUCAAGGCGACGGGGCAGCCGUUCAUCGGGUACGGGAAGAUGGUGCUCGACUCGGCAAAGGCCUUUGAGGGGCUGCUGUGAGGUCGAGGUGUGUUUGCGUGAAGAGCAC